AUGGCGAAGCGCGGAUUUGACACAGAAUAUUCCGUUUUAGACGACGCGAGGGGCGAUUCGGAGGAGUGCAAACGGCACAAAAUCGAAACGGACGAUACCGUUGCCAGGCUUCAGGAGCUGUUGAACGUCCUCAGUAAGAAGGUGGAAACUAUUGAACACACCCUGGUUGAAGACAGAGAGGCGAGCAAGGCAAGAAUUCGACAGCUAGAGGAUGACCUAGCACGGGAGAGGAUUGCGAGGGAGAGGAUUGCGAGGGAGGAGAAGGAAUUGGAGGUGCAUGCGUUGUCAGCGCGACUGGCGCUGGCAGAGGAAGCGCUGGUUCUGCGGAAAGAGGACAUUCGGAAGAUUUGGGAGGCAAUUCCGGAAGCCGUUCGUCACCUUCCCACAGAAGAAGACAUGCAGCUCAUCACUCUCCACCCCGACACCACCGAACUCACGCUGAACGACCCUUCCCGCGUGACGCCCUUGGGUUUCCUUCGACUCUCCUGUAUGCGAUCCCUCAAGAGCAUCUCCGUUAUAGGCAAUCUCGAAAAGCCUGCUCUUCUGCGCCUCUACUCCAUGACAUGGCUGGAAGAGCUGCGACUGGAAUCGGUUUCCGAGCCCUUGUUGCCCGAAAUCGCGAAUCUUAAAGCCCUUCGCCACCUGGAGUUGCGUGAUACCCCGAUGUCAGGUAACGGGCUUGCUAACCUCACAACGCUGUCCUCGUUACAGAGUCUUGUUCUGUCUCAGCAAUUGUUGGGAGGAAGCUUCACAUCUGAUAGCAUGGUAUAUGUGGGGAAGCUGGGAAACUUGGAGCAUCUGGAUAUUGCAAACACCCAGGUCUGUGACUACGGGUUAUGGUGCCUUACCCCUCUGGUCAAGCUAAGAUGGCUCAGCCUUCCCCCGAAUAUCACGUAUCGGGGAAUGGAGUAUUUGAAGUGUUUCAGGUCUCUCAAGACCUUGCUGCUGAGGUUCCAGUUCUUUGUUGAAUGCCUGAAAGCAUUCCCUUGCCUUGAAAACGUUGGGGUAAGUGAUCAUCAGGCACUAGAAAAGGUGAAGCUGGUUCUUCCAGGCCUGAACUCGUUUGUUAUUGGGGCAUAA